GCCAUCCUGCCCGCAGUCCCCGCAGUCCCCGCUGUCCCUGCUGUCCCCGCCGUCCCCGCGCGGCGCCGACCGGCCGGGGAGGAGGGCGCGCGGCUGGCGAGGGCACAGCCCCCAGCGAGCCCGGACACAAGGUCUUCUCGGGCCGAAAGUCCCGGCAACGAACCACAACAGACCCGGCGGCGGCCAGGCCCGGGCAGGAGCGGCAGGGCCCAGGGCGCCGAUGUCCUGCCGGGCCUGGCCCACCCAGGACGCCCUUAGCGCGGGCCCGGGGCCUCCCUCUGGCAGGACGACGCCCGCCACCCCCCGCCGCCAAAGACCGGGCGGACACGCUCCUCGGCGGACGGGACGGAGAACUACAUCUCCCGGCAUGCCCUCGCGCCCGCCCGGGGCGGGGCCUACGACGGAAAAGCCCGGUGGAGAAACGCGUCACUUCCGGUGCGCGACUGGGCACACGUUCUGGUGUCGUGAGCGGAGGCCUGCCAUGACGUCCGGAUUCCGGUUUCGUGCGACGGAAGUGACGCGAGUGCGGCGCGCCGCGGAGCCGAAGCCGCAAUGAACCGUGUCCUGUGUGCGCCGGCGGCCGGGACCGUCCGGGGGCUGAGGCUCGUGGGCUGGGCUUCCCGAAGCCUGCAUCCGCCGCCCGGGGGCCGGGCCCGAGUCCAACCCGCGGCCGAGGGGGAGGAGGACGACCCUGACCGCCCCGUUCAGUUUUCCUCCAGCAAAGGCAUCCCGUUACGCUGGAGUGUGGAGCAGUCCCUGGGGAAGGGACAUCAGCGGCCCUGGUGGAAAGUGCUGCCCUUCAGCCUCUCCCUCAUGGUUCUGGUCAUCUGGUUCUACCUGAGGCCGGAGAGCGACGCGGACCAGUGGUUGAGACAAGUGUUGGGAGAAGAGGUGCCGGAGCCCGGGGAUCCUCCUGAGGAGCCUGGAACUCAGGCUGCCUACGGGGCGAGGGCUUAACGCGGUGCCCGCUGGGGCCAGCAGGAAGGGAACCGGCAGCCGCCCUUCGGAUUCGACGUCGCGUUUGACCGUGACCGUUUCUGCCCCGGUAAUGCGUGCGUCUUCAGCGCUGAACGACUUGGAAGGCGCACUUGGCCGCGUUGAUCCCCAUGGAGGCCGAGCAGGAUGUCGCCAGAUCGGAACCUGCUCCUUGCCUGACGCUUGACGUCUUGUGGUUCCAUCCACAGGACUUUUCCGAGCCGUAGGAAAGGUUUUACUUGCACCGUGUGCUGUUGGGUUUGUGAUGUCUUUGUACCGCAUAAUCACGUUUCCAGAGCACUCCUGGUGACACUUGUCAUUUGCUUUGUGAGACAGAAUAACUGGCAGAAGUGUUAACCUUUAUUUUAUAAUGUACUGUGGUGUGUGUAAAUAGUAUCUAUUGAUGUUUUACACAUUAACAAAUUGAAAAUAAAUUUUGAUUUUAUGAUAUAGAA